GCGGAGGAGGGGAGUGGGGUCCCCCCUUGCCGAGGACCCCCCGGCAUUCCCGGCUGGCCGUGACGGAGCCGCCGUGGCCGGGAGCAGCAGCUGGAGGAGGAUCACGCUGAUGAUCCUGGCUAUCACCAUCCACAACAUCCCGGAGGGCCUGGCGGUGGGAGUUGGGUUCGGGGCCGUUGGAAAAUCCGCAUCAGCCACAUUCCAAAGCGCCAGGAACUUAGCCAUUGGGAUUGGGAUCCAGAACUUCCCGGAGGGCCUGGCUGUCAGCCUGCCUCUGCGUGGUGCGGGAUUUUCCACCUGGAAAUCCUUCUGGUACGGCCAGCUGAGCGGGAUGGUGGAGCCCCUGGCCGGCGUGCUGGGCGCCUGGGCCGUGGCGCUGGCGGAGCCGCUGCUGCCGUACGCGCUGGGAUUCGCGGCCGGAGCCAUGGUGUACGUGGUGAUGGAUGACAUCGUCCCCGAGGCGCACACCAGCGGGAACGGGAAGCUGGCGUCCUGGAGCUCCAUGCUGGGAUUUGUGGUGAUGAUGUCCCUGGACGUGGGGCUGGGAUAGGGCAGCGCCGCGUUCCCGCAGGAGCCGUCAGAGCCCCGCGUGCCGCGGGAUUGGGACCGGCCGCGCCUCGGCCCGGCACUGGAUCUGUACAUAGACUUUUCUGGGAUCUGGUUUGGUGUUGAUUCCCUCUGAUUUUGUAUCUCCCCCUCCCCUCCGGGUUCCUGGCGAGCGCAAACGUGGGUGGGUCCUGCCAGAUCCUGCUUUGGUUUUCCUCUUGGAAGCGGUGUUGGAUGGCGCUGGGCUCUCCAAGGAAAGGCACUCGGGGUUUGAUGGGAGCUUGGGAAUUCCCUGUCCCGUGUGGAGAAGGUGAUAAACCGUGGGAUCACAGCUCUGCCACGUCCUGCUGCUCCUCGGGAAUUGGUUUGGAUGGAUGGAGACAGUCCAGGCAAAUAAAGAUGAAAUUCCUUGGGAUGUCUGCAAGAGGGAAAUGUCAUUUUUUUCCUAAAUGUGUCUCCAACGGGCUGUGUCCAAUGAUCCGGGGUUUUCUAUGGGGGAAAAUCCAGCAGGAAAGGAGGAUUUGAGUGUUUUCCAGCACCUGUCAGGGCUCCACACUGGCCCUGCCUGGAUGCAAUUCCAUGUGGGGCUCUCCAGCCUUCCCAAGGGAUUCAGAAUUCCCUGAAGAGCCAAGCCAGGGUUACCCCACACCCGCAGGAAGAGCCGAGCCAGCACCGGAGCCUUCCAGGAUAAAUGAAUGAAUCCCUUGGGAUGGAUUAAUUAUCCCGUCUGGAGAUCCAGGAACACGCUCGGGGGUCUCUGCCCCUUCUCCUGCUGCUUCCCAAGCGUUUCUCAUGGAUUGGCUCUUCCUGGGAGCUGAGGAUUGAUCCCGGCUGAGCAGAGAGUCCCCCGGGCAGGAGGGAAUUGCCGGGAUUGGAAGGAUGCUGCAAAUCCCAGCCCCCAUCUCCAGCACCAAGGGCUUCCCUGAGCCCUCCCGUGGGAAUAACUGGAAUUCCCGUGGCAAUAACUGGAUCUCCUGGCUGCCUCCUGCUGCUCAGCCCCUCUGGAAGCGGGGCUGGGAUAUCCCGGGUCCGCCUUCGGUCCCGCCGGAGCCAAAGGUUGGAAUAAACUGAGCUGGAGCUGGCCCUUUUUGUAUGAUCCUUGUUUUUCCGUUGGAUUUCCUUUCUGUGUCCCCCUGGAUGAUCCAAAGCUCCUGUUUGCCCAUGGAUUUGACCUUUUAACUGUGAUUGCUUUCAAUAAAUGGGAAAUGGAGUUUGCA